CGGAAAUCAGUUUUCCGAAGCCGUCUUCAAUGAAACCGUUUCGCUUAUCGAAAUCGAUGAGGGUUUGGAUGGGGAAACGUUCUUCCUGGCGGCUGUUGUAGUUUUGCUGUUGGUGCUCGUCCAACAAUUCCUGACAUUGUAUGGCAAGCGUGAACGCUCCCCAGCUGCCCGUAAAACUGUGGAAACCGGAACCACCAGUACCAAGGAUAUGGACUAUGAAUGGAUUCCACAAGAAACACUCAAGAGGAUUCAAAAUUCUCCCAAGGGCGGCAAAAUGUCCCCAAAGCAAAGCCCACGGCAGCGGAAGACAAAGUGA